UAAAAAGCAAACCUGUCUCAAGUCAUGAACAACAUUCCCUCCACUCUCUUCAAUUUCUUCAAUUAAUCUACACGUUUGGGCCCAUAAAAACAUCUCAUCAUCAUUAUUAUAUCUUCCCCAUACACCAAACUCACUUCGCCCAUUCCCAAUAUGUCUCACUCUCUCCCCCACCUCACCACCUUCCUCCCGCCGGACUUUCUCUCCGGCGACAUGACCCACCACUUUCACAACCCUUACGACUUCGCCUCCUCAUCUUCUACUGAGUCGGAGAGUGACGAUGAUGACGUCACUGGGUUAACUCGCCCCACUCCUGUUCUUAAGAAGAAGAUGGUUUUUUCCGGUUCACCAGAAUUCGGUUUGAACCGGAAUGUUUUUGGGUUUUCUCCAACGACGCCGUUUUGCAAAGCGAAUGAAGACUGUUUGGAACUUAUUUACGCUGCUCCGGAGCAAGUAGCACAGAUGAAGAUGAAGAACAAAAACGACGCCGUAUUUGCUAACGGAGGUUUACUCGGAGCCCCACUCUCUCAUCAUCAUUACGGUGGGGUACUGCGUGAAAAUGAAGAGCUUCUCCGGCGACAACAGUUUUGCCGGAGAGUUGCUGCCGGCGGUGGGUACAAUUGCGGCGGUGGUCCUGUGGGGUUUCGUCAGGCUGCAUGGCCUCCUGUUGUACUUGAAAAUCAGUGUCGUCAAAAACCCGUUAACGGACUCACAGUCAAGCCGGUUCCCGGUGGUUUUAGUGCCGGUGUUAAGAAAGAAUGCGCCGGUACCGGCGUGUUUUUGCCCCGAAAUUAUCCCAACGUUUCACCGGAACCGAAGAAAAAACCAGCAUGUUCGCCUACUCACAUGCCAGCUGGAGUGCCUCAGCCAAACAAAAACAUGUACCCAAUUAUUCCACAACCACCACAACAACCAAACAUUCGUAACGGAUUUGCCCCAAAGUAUCAUGUUCCACCACCACCACCACCACACCACUUCAACCGUGACGAACUUGCAGCGCUUGUAACGGCCAGACGUAACGCCGUUAUGUUGGCGCAACAACGGCAAAGCGCCACCCGUGCCGAACCGGUUCUCCCUCAAGAAUGGACAUAUUGACUGUUUAGUCAUUGAAAGUGGAAAAGGGUAGAUAGAAAUAGAAGUUAGGGGGUUUAAAACAUUAAAAGUGGUAGUAAUGAAAAUUAAAGGGGUAGGGAUUUGGUAAAAGCUUUUGUUGGAGGUAGGUUUUGGUUGAAGAUUGAAGUUGAAGGGGGUAAAUAAUAAUAUAUUUGAAAGUCUUGUGUGGGUUUGUUUUUUUUUUUUUUUUU